AUUGUUUGGUUUUUCUUUUUCAUUCGUUUCACCAACUUGGCCUUUGGCCUUUCAUGUCAUAAUGGUUUCAUUUUCAUCUUCGUCAUAAUUCAUCCAUACCCCUUCUCUUCUCUCUGCAACUCUGAAUUGUUUCAAAUCUCAAAAGGCUAUAAAGAAAGAAAGAAGAAAAAAAAGCUAGAGAGAGAAGAUGUCACAGCAAUAAUAUUUCACACUUUUCUUUCCAACAAGUAUCUUCUUCUCUCUCUCUCUCUCUUUAUUGCCAGCUCUGCAACCUUGUCCUCCCCAUACCUUGUUUCUUCUUAUCUCUCUCUCCCUCUCUCUCUCACACACACACUCACAAACCAAACCAAACCAUCAUCACGCAUUGAGAUCUCAGUGUCUUGGCUGCUGAUCUGCAUUGGUCCCAUAUUGUGCUUAGUUGCAGUGUUUACUAUUUGAUUGUCAUCUACUCAGCUCGGAAUCAGAUCAAGUGUUAGCUGAAAAGACAGUAUUUUAGAAGGAAUUUUCAGCCAUGUCUAGUGCUACAAAAGUGUUGGAUCCAGCAUUCCAGGGAGUUGGUCAAAAAGUAGGGACUGAAAUAUGGAGGAUUGAGGAUUUUCAGCCAGUUCCAUUGCCCAGACCUGAUUAUGGGAAAUUCUACAUGGGAGAUUCUUACAUCAUCUUGCAGACAACACAAGGCAAAGGAAGUGCUUAUUUGUAUGAUAUUCACUUCUGGAUUGGAAAGGAUACAAGUCAGGAUGAGGCUGGAACAGCAGCCAUUAAAACUGUUGAACUCGAUGCGUCUCUUGGAGGACGUGCAGUGCAACACAGGGAAAUUCAAGGGCAUGAAUCCGACAAGUUUUUGUCAUACUUUAAGCCAUGUAUAAUACCAUUAGAGGGAGGUGUUGCAUCGGGAUUUAAAAAACCUGAAGAAGAGGAGUUUGAAACACGUUUGUAUGUAUGCAGAGGAAAAAGAGUUGUCAGAAUAAAACAGGUUCCUUUUGCACGGUCUUCACUGAAUCAUGAUGAUGUAUUCAUCCUAGACACUCAGAAUAAGAUUUAUCAAUUCAAUGGUGCAAACUCCAAUAUCCAGGAAAGAGCCAAGGCUCUGGAAGUUAUUCAGUUGUUGAAGGAAAAGUAUCAUGAGGGAAAAUGCGACGUUGCAAUUGUUGAUGAUGGAAAGCUGGAUACUGAGUCAGACUCAGGUGAAUUUUGGGUUCUCUUUGGUGGUUUUGCUCCCAUUGGGAAGAAGAUAAUUAGUGAGGAUGAUAUUGUUCCAGAGACCAUUCCUGCUCAACUCUAUAGUAUUGCUGAUGGUGAGGCCAAGCCUGUGGAAGGUGAACUUUCAAAAUCACUGCUGGAGAACUACAAAUGCUAUCUAUUGGACUGUGGAGCUGAGGUAUUUGUCUGGGUUGGCCGGGUAACACAAGUUGAAGAACGAAAAGCAGCAUGUCAAGCAGCUGAGGAGUUUCUCACAAGUCAAAAAAGGCCGAAAUCUACAAGGAUUACCAGAAUUAUUCAAGGUUAUGAGACACAUUCGUUUAAGUCCAACUUUGAUUCUUGGCCAUCAGGAUCUGCUACUACUGGUGCUGAUGAAGGAAGAGGAAAAGUUGCAGCUUUGCUUAAGCAACAAGGUAUGGGUGUGAAAGGGGUGACAAAAACUACCUCAGUUGUUGAGGAAAUUCCACCUCUACUUGAAGGAGGUGGAAAGAUGGAGGUAUGGCAAAUCAAUGGAAGUGCUAAGACUCCAUUACCUAAGGAGGAUAUCGGUAAAUUUUAUAGUGGAGAUUGUUACAUAGUACUGUACACUUAUCACUCUAGUGAGAGGAAGGAGGACUACUACUUGUGUUGUUGGUUUGGAAAAGACAGCACUGAGGAGGACCAAAGAAUGGCUAUUCGAUUGGCUAACACAAUGUUCAACUCAUUAAAGGGUAGACCUGUUCAGGGUCGCAUAUUUGAUGGUAAAGAGCCACCACAGUUUAUUGUUCUUUUCCAUCCAAUGGUGGUCCUCAAGGGAGGCUUGAGCUCUGGUUACAAAAAAUUGAUAGCAGAUAAAGGUUUGCCAGAUGAGACAUACACAGCAGAGAGUGUUGCAUUUAUUCGAAUUUCUGGAACAUCCACUCAUAAUAAUAAAGUGGUGCAAGUAGAUGCAGUGGCAGCAUUGCUGAAUUCUACCGAGUGUUUUGUCCUGCAAUCUGGCUCAGCUGUUUUUACAUGGCAUGGGAAUCAAUGUUCCCUUGAGCAGCAGCAGCUUGCUGCAAAAGUUGCUGAAUUUUUAAGGCCAGGAGUUGCUUUAAAGCUUGCUAAAGAAGGAACAGAAACCUCAACUUUCUGGUUUGCACUUGGAGGGAAACAAAGUUACAACAACAAAAAAGUCACUAAUGACAUUGUCAGAGACCCCCAUUUGUUCACUUUCUCUUUUAAUAGAGGAAAGUUACAGGUAGAGGAGGUUUACAACUUUUCCCAAGAUGAUUUGUUAACAGAGGAUAUCCUGAUCCUUGACACACACGCAGAAGUGUUUGUAUGGAUUGGUCAGUGUGUGGACCCAAAAGAAAAGCAAAAUGCUUUUGAAAUUGCCCAGAAAUACAUAGAUAAGGCUGCAUCUCUGGAGGGACUAUCUCCUCAUGUACCACUAUACAAAGUAACAGAAGGGAAUGAACCUUGCUUUUUCACAACAUACUUUUCUUGGGAUCAUACAAAAGCUAUGGUUCCAGGAAACUCAUUCCAGAAAAAGGUGACAUUACUCUUUGGAAUUGGCCAUCCUGUAGAGGAAAAGUCUAAUGGGUCAAGUCAAGGAGGGGGACCAAGACAAAGAGCAGAAGCUUUGGCUGCCUUAAAUAAUGCAUUCAAUUCAUCUCCUGAGGCAACAUCCAGUGCGGAUAAGUCGAAUGGGCUAAGUCGAGGAGGACCAAGACAAAGGGCUGAAGCCUUAGCAGCCUUAAACUCUGCAUUUAAUUCAUCAUCUGGAACCAAAGUUUAUACUCCUAGGCCAUCUGGAAGAGGUCAAGGAUCACAAAGAGCCGCCGCAGUAGCUGCUCUCUCUUCAGUUCUUACUGCUGAAAAGAAGAAAACUUCACCUGAAACUUCUCCUGUGGCUAGCACUAGUCCUGUAGUGGAGAAUAGCAACUUUGAUACUAAAAGUGAAAGUGCCCCUUCUGAAAAGGAAAUUGUUGAAGAAGUUACAGAAGUCAAGGAGACAGAAGUUGUUGCCCUUGAAACUGGUACCAAUGGGGAUUCAGAACAACCAAAACAAGAAAAUGUGGAGGAUGGAGGAAAUGACAGUGAAAAUAAUAAUCAAAAUUUCUUCAGUUAUGAGCAGUUAAAGACCAAAUCUGGUAGUGUUGUGUCUGGAAUUGAUCUUAAACGGAGAGAGGCCUAUCUGUCAGACAAAGAGUUCCAAGCUGUAUUUGGAAUGGCCAAAGAUGCAUUCUCCAAGUUGCCAAGAUGGAAGCAAGACAUGCUGAAAAGAAAAGUGGAUUUGUUCUAGACUCAGACACAACAAGCAACAUAUAUGUUGCUUUUGCAUCCUAAUAUAUCUUGAGAUGCACUUAUCUGUUGGGUAGUGUGGCUUUUUUUGCUAUAUAUACCCUACUUGGAUUCCUAUGCAUAGCACUUUGCUUUUGGCCCAUAAUGGACUUAGCUAUAUAUGGUUAGUGUCCAAGUUUGAAUGUGACGCUGCCUUGGAGAGUGAGUUUUAGUUUUCUUCUUUUUAAAUUGAGCAUGCCUCUUCUUCCUCAUGUAAUGUUCACAUAUUAUUGUAGCAAUAAACACAGUGGACAGGUUCAAUUCUUUCAUUUUGUCAAGUUUGUAUUUUAAAAAUGUGGCUUUUUUUGUUUUUAUCCCUUGUUGCUAUUGGUUAGGGAGGUGGGUGUAUAUGUAUUGCAUGUUAUACUGAAUCUCAAUAUAAAGAAUGAAACUUCGUUUGUUUGUUAUCUA